UAUUCUUGUGCUAUAUUUUUAUUUCGCAAGCCAUCAACAAGAAUGUUUCAUGGUGAUCAUACCCUGGGAUGUAAAGGUUUGAUCUGACUUUUUUUUUGUGGUAUUUGUGAUCCAUGUAGCCCUGUCGAGUCCAUGGCUGAGGAGAGAGCAAAGGCGACCUUCGAUGUCAGGGAACUAACUUACUUCCUGGACGGUGGCGAAAAAUUCACCAAGAUCAGAGAAAAAUUCAUGAUGGAGCUGGAGCGUGAUCCUACCUUCCGCAUGUACGACAUGUACGACGUCACCAAAGAUGAAAUUCGUGUCCGCACCAUGGAAAAGUUCCGCACUAUCGUUCAUUACGUCUCUGCAGAGCCCGUUCCUAUUUUCACUAUGCGUAUGCAGACCAUCUCUUUGAUUGAUCCCGGAUUCUGGACCCGCUUCGGUGUCCAUUAUGGUCUCUUCUUCGGUGCCCUCCGCGGAUCCGCCACCUCAGCUCAGUUCUCCCACUGGGUUUCCAAGGGUGCUCUCGCACUCAAUGGCAUGGUCGGAUGCUUUGCCAUGACUGAGCUGGGCCACGGAUCUAAUGUCGCUGGUCUUGAGACUACUGCCACUUUUGACGAGGCAGCCGAUCAGUUCAUCAUUCAUACUCCUACUAUUACUGCCACCAAGUGGUGGAUCGGAGGUGCUGCUCACACCGCUACCCACUGUGUUGUCUUCGCUCAGCUGAUUGUUCGCGGCAAGCGCUAUGGAACAAAGUCAUUCGUUGUUCAACUCCGUGACACCCGUACCUACACUCUCAUGCCCGGCAUCAACAUUGGAGAUAUCGGCAAGAAGAUGGGCCGUGAUGGCAUUGACAAUGGCUGGAUCCAAUUUACCAAUGUCCGUAUCCCUCGUACCAACAUGCUUAUGAAGCACACUAAGGUCUCGCGCGCUGGAGAAGUCAAGGAGCCACCCAUGGCCCAGUUGACGUAUGGCGCCUUGAUUCAAGGCCGUGUUGCCAUGGUCGUCGAUUCUGGCAACAUUGCCAAGAAGGCUGUCACCAUUGCUGGACGCUACGCUGCAGUCCGUCGCCAGUUCCAGUCCAACCCUCAUGACGUCCAAGAAACUAAGCUCAUCGACUAUGCCAUCCACCAGUACCGCCUUAUGCCUAUCUUGGCUAUGGCCUAUGCCUUCCAUUUCACUGGUGUUGAGACACAGAAGUUGUACGAUACUCUCAUGGAUAAGCUCGAGUCCACGCAACCCGAUGAUGCCGGUCUUCAAGAGACUCUUGAGACCCUCAAGGAGACACACGCUACCUCGGCUGGUCUCAAGGCUUUCUGCACCUGGUCUACUUUGAAUGCUAUUGAGGCCUGUCGCCAGACCCUUGGUGGUCACGGUUACUCUGCCUACACUGGCCUUGCCACUACUUACAACGAUUUUGCUGUUCACUGUACCUGGGAGGGUGAUAACACCAUCUUGACCCUUCAAUCCGGACGUUACCUCGUUAACUGUUAUCGCGAGGCUCUUGCGGGCAAAACCCAACCCGAGGGAGUUGACUAUCUCAAUCAUCUCGACACUCUUCUGACUCAGGGCUGUGCUGUUAAGACUAACGAGGAGAUUUUGAAUUUCGACAUCAUCCAGCAGGCAUGGGGAGUUGUUACUGCUAACGUUGUCAAGAAGGCCGGCGACGACUUUGCUGACUGCCUCAAGCAGGGUAUGAGCCCCGAGGCUGCUUAUGAAGAAUGCUCACAGGCUCGUUUGGCUGCUGCCAAGAUCCACUCUUUUGGAUAUGUUUUCCGUCGUUUUGCCCAGGCUGUUAAGGGCGCUCCUGAGAGUUUCCGCCCUAUCCUCACUAAGGUCUGCUUGUUGUACGGUCUGUACUCAAUUGAGCAGAAUGCUGGAUUCUUCUUGCAGUACCGUUAUUUCACUCCUUCUCAGAUGGACUAUGUCCGUGCCCAGGUCAACGUUCUGUGCCGUGAUGUCCGUCAGGAGUACAUUCCCUUGAUUGACGCCUUUAACUACUCUGAUUACAUGAUCAACUCGCCCUUGGGUGUCUACGAUGGUAACGUCUACGAAAAGUACUUUGACCAGGUUAAGAGACAGAAUCCUGUCGGCCAGCCUCACCCAUACCUCCCCUUGAUCCAGUCUCUCCUUCGUCGUGAUAUUGAGGAUGACGAACCUCUGGAGGACGAUGAGGAGGAUGACGAGUAAGCGAAAGGCCUCGGUUGAAUAUGAAUCAUAAAAAAAAAAAGAAAAGCACCCAUAGAGUUGUAGCUAG